GAUAAUGGUGAUGACCGGUCCGAGAGCAUCCUUGCUGAGAACCACGUGGACGGCACCACAGGGAUCCUGAGCGGAGCCGGCGGGAGGAAGCCCAUGAAGACGGGCAUGAAGGAGCUGGCAGUUAUGAGGGAGAAGGUGAACGAGCAGCAGCGGCAGAUGGGCAAAGUUGGCAAGCCCCAUCACAACCACGAGGACUCGAAGAAGUCGCGGCUGUCGACGGGCAGGACCCCUUGUCAGCAGGAGCUGGAUCAGGUCCUGGAACGCAUCUCCACUAUGCGACUGCCGGAUGAGCGAGGUCCCCUGGAGCACCUCUACUCCCUCCACAUCCCCAACUGCGACAAGCAUGGCUUGUACAAUCUCAAACAGUGCAAGAUGUCGGUGAAUGGGCAGCGCGGCGAGUGCUGGUGUGUGGACCCCAUCCACGGGAAGGUGAUCCAGGGUGCACCCACCAUCCGCGGGGACCCCGAGUGCCACCUCUUCUACACAGCCCACGAGCAGGAGGACCGGGGAGCACAUGCCCUGCGGAGCCAGUAGACGGACGUGAUCCUGCUCGCUGGAGGUGGCUUGCCAUGGCCCCAGUGUUGGAUUUUAUAUGGGUUUCAGUGUGUCUCUUUAGGCUCUGGAAGAGACUGGGGUUGUGUCCUGCGUGCUGCCCUCCUUCCCCUGCUGCCCGGCUCCUGGGGAUGGGAGGGAUGACGGGAGGGGAAGGGCAGUGGGGGGGUUGCAAGGAGAAGGGACUGCUUUUCUAUAGUCUUUCACCCAACAUAAGCCAGAGAACCGGUCUUUUUUUGCUCCUCACCCCACGGCCCUGCCCUCCCUGCUGCUUCGUGG